AUGACUGAAGACGCUCCGAUCCUCUGUAGAGUUGGGGAUGAAAACAGCUACAAGAUUUUGAAGCUUGAUAAAAAUGAGGUGAGCAUUGGCAGUCCAGAAGACGCCACAUAUACCAUAUCAUCACAAGAGCUGUCCCAGUGCCUCAUUGUAAUCCGUCGCCAUGGUGACACCUGGACAGUCACUGACAUUGUGAGUUCAAACGGCAUUUGUGUGAACGGCCAUCAUCUAGUUCCACUCUCAUCGUAUAGUCUUCAAGAUGGGGAUGUGGUACAGUUCGGCGCUCCUACCUCCUCUCGCGGACAAAGAAAGUUUGAAUACAAGUUUUGCUACUCUUUCACGGUAGGAAAUUUAAUACAUUACCGUAGUGCUAACUUCACACAGAAAGCCUUUUCACGCUAUAGGCCCAUCAGUCUUAUUUCGACUCUAGCUGGAAACAUCUCACAGAACAAAAGGAUGCGAGAACUGGAAGAAAAGAACAAAGAGCUUGAGCAACAGCUGCAGAAGCACAAUCUGGCAAUAGAAAAGGUUCAAAUUUUAUUAAGAUCUAAAGUUAAACCUAUUCUGCAGAGUAACAAGAUAAAAGAAUUGGAGCUGAAGAACAAAGAGCUUGAGCAGCAGUUGCAAAAUCAAAAUCUGGCAAUGGAAAUGAUUUUACAGGACAGGCGGAGAGAAAGAGCGUCAUUGCUGGAAGAAAUUAACGAAAGUCACAAGGAGAGUACCGAGGCAAAAAGACAAGCACUUCAAGUAAAGGAUGAUGUUCUUUCCAACUUUACGGAACUGAUGGAUGUAACUGUGCAAUGUUCCAUAUGCACCGAAUAUUUUAUUAAGGCAACCAGUUUGAACUGUUCGCAUGUGUUCUGCAAUCUAUGCAUCAAUGAAUGGAUGAAAAUUAAAAAACUGUGCCCAAACUGCCGAACCCCUGUCACCUCCAUGACAAAAAUUCCUGCUUUGGAUAAAUGCAUUGACAGAAUGGUAGAACAGUUCAGUGAUGAUUUUAGAGGGCGCAGACAUGAGUUAAUAAACCAGAGAAAAGGAAAUUCAAGCAAUAAGCAGGUCAGAGACUGCACGAAGGGCAGCAGCGUUAACCAAAAUAACAGUACGGACAGGGGCAGAGGCCUUUACAAAGGCAAGACUACUCACGACCACAAAAAUAUUUGCUGGUUCAGCAGUUCUUCAAAAGGCGCUAGCACUUACAAAGGCAACAGCAAUAACGAAGUCAAAGGCACUGACUAA